GCGCACCCCCUGGCCAAGGAGAAGCUGAGCGCGUGUGUCUGGAGGGGAGGACUCGGGAGCGCGACCAGCAGCGGGAUCGAUCGAAUUAAACUCGAUUCGAGUGAAAUUAACACAAAGGACACCAGCGCAACGCACUCUAGUCGGCGUGGUUGCGGAUGGGAGAAGUGCCGGCAGAGAAAUAUUUCACGAAAAGCCACAAAACUUGAACUUUUUUAUCUUGUUAUUUAUAUUUCAAAGGACAAACGAGGACCACGGUGGAUUUUUUUUUUCCAACCAAGCGGAGAUACUAACGCCACCAGGACGGAGUUGAAUUGAUAGAAAAGACCGAAGUGACUGAGCUUGUUAGGAUCUGUAAUGAGGACCACGGAGGCUACAAUUUAGCAGCUAGCUCCUCACUGCGCAACCCCUACCUCCAUCUUGUCCCUUCCAUCUGUGGGGCCCCCACCGACCCAUGGCGGACCCAGGGAUGUUGAGUCUAUUUGGGGACGAUGCAGGGCUGUUCUCAGAUGGAUUAGAUGGUUUAGGAGGUUGCUUUCCUCAGCAGCCUGCCCCGGGCCAGGCCAACUCUCUAGCUCAGCAGAUUAAUCCCUCUCUUAACCAUGAGCACCAAGGAAACAGGGGUUACCACCAGGGGAUGAUCCAUGGUGCUGGGAAUGGCCCAGGGCAGCCUAAAUUGGGCCAAAUGUAUGACCACAGCCCUUACACAAGCUAUGAUCAAUCUGGUGCCCCUGCAGGAAGAAUGUUGGCCCAGAAUGGUCCCAGUCAGGGGCCCCAAAAUGUAAAUCCCACUAUGAAUGGCAUGGUUUCCCACUACAGUAAUAACCCAGCUAAUGCUAGCAACCCCCAUCAUGGAUACCCAGGUGAUGCUGGAGGAUCAGCAGCAGCAGCAGCAGGAGGAGGUGGUGGAGUUUGGGGCCAGCAGCAGCAGCAGCAGACCAGAUCAGCGUAUCAGCAGCCUCCAACACAACCAGGGGCCAACCCCAAUCAGAUGGGCGGCUACCAAAUGCCUCAAGGCAACUAUGGUGCGAUGCAAGGACCACCCGCACCCAAUUCAGCACGCAUGAACCAACACUACCCUCAGCAGAGCAUGGCACAUCCCCCUGCUCAGGACCCCUCUCACUACCUGGGACACAUCGGAAUGGGAGGAGCUCAAAUGAGACACCCACAGCCCCAGCCACAGGCCCAGGGCUAUUCCAACAUGGGCCACACACCGCGAUAUCCACACUCCCCAUCCCGACAACCUCCACAUUCCCACCAGCACCAACAGGGCAUAGGAGGGUUUGGUGGAGGCCAAUAUCCAGGUUUUCAGGCCCAGUAUGGAGCCCUUGGGCCGGGGAUGGCCCAGAGCGCCACCAACAGUGUGAGCUCCAACACCAGCCAGUCCAUGGGACCAGGGCAGCUCGGUCAGAGAUUCAACCAAGGAUCAGUCCCAGCAGCAGGGCAGCAGGGGCAACGAUACCCCCCUGCAGCCCCUCUCCAACCGCAGCCCCUUCCUACUCAUUCUACCCCUAUGCAGCAGCAGGCGGGGCAGCAGAGCCAGCCAAUGCACCCUUUAAACCAUGCCCAACACCCCCAGAACGUGUCCCAGCCUCAAAAUCAGGCCCAGUCUCACCUUGCACCCCCAGCUCAGGGAUCCUACCCCUCCCCAGCAUCUAUGUCCCCAAUGAGAGUGAUGGGCACUCCGACACCCCCUCCUCAGCAGGGCAGACCUCCGAGCGCAGGGCUGUCAGAGGUUGUGGGUUACACGGCCCUGCAGUCUUCCCCUAAUCCUAUGCCCCUUCCGCAGAGAACUCCUCCAAACGCUGUAUCGGCCCCACACCCUCAACACCAGCAGCCCCACAACAUGGCCUCCAGUGCUGGACAGAUGUAUCCUGGUAUGGGCCCUCAGCAUGCUCAACAAAUGGGUCCAAACAGGUCUCAGCUCCAGCAACAAGGACCUCACGAAGCUCCCGUGAACCAGGGGGGAGACCAGCGCUUGCUCCAAGCACAACAGCAGGCACCCAGGAACGGGCAGCCCCUGCAGCCCGCCCCAAUGGGUUUCCAGGGCCCGCCUGUCAGUCAGCACGGAGCGCCAGCCUCAAACCAGGGCUUAUCUCUGCCCACCCAGAACGCUCAAACACAGCACACACACCUGCCCCCGCACCACCUGCAGAGCACAACUCCUCAACCCAAGCAGGGAUCGAACCCAUGGGCGCCCACGCCUGCAGCGUCCCAUCCUCUGUCCUCACCCCCUGUUACUCCACAGAAAGUGCCUCACAUACAGCAUUCCCCGACAGACCCAUCAGGCGAUGCCUUGAUGAUGGUUCCUGAAAGGCCGACUGUAUCCGCUGGUGUUCCCAGCCAGCCUAUCAGCACAGAGCAGUCCGGCCAGCCCGAGACCAAGCCAAAAAAGAAGAAGAAGAAGAAAGCUAAGGUGGUGGAUGGAGAGGAAGGGGGGAAGAUGGCUGCUGGAGAAGUGGAGGAAGACUUCAAGUCAGAACUCCCCAAUCCAGGAAGUGAGGCUUGUGAACAGGUUACUGGCACAGGAAUUGUAGAGGGAAGCUCACCAUCAGAAGGAGAGAAGAAGAAGCGGAAAAAGAAACCAAAGGAGAAGGCACAGGGCCAAGAGCCCAAAGAGCCUAAAACUGCGAAGACACCCAAAACACCCAAGACCCCCAAAGAGCCCAAGGAGAAGAAAGCCAAGAGCUCAGUGACCAAGACCAAGACUCCCAAGAAGAACAGUGGUAAGAAGGUGGAAUCAGAGGUCGAUGUUGGCGCUGCUAAGAAGGAUUCCAAAAGGAAAAGAGAGUUGUCAAUCAGUGAUGACACGGAGGUGAAGACUCCACCCGCAUCCCCUCAUGAAGAAGAUGAGGAUGACGGUGUACAGAAACGCCGCUCCAGUCGCCAGGUGAAGAGGAAGCGAUACACCGAGGAUCUGGAGUUUAAGAUUUCAGAUGAGGAUGUCAGUGGAGAUGACUCAUCUGCUCCUAAGUCUCCAUCUUCAUCAUCCCAACAACAGGACGUGGCUGAAGCUGAGGGACCCAUCGUGGAGAAGAUCAUGGGUCUGCGCACCAGCAUCAAACAGGUGGAAGAGGGAGAGGAAGUUGAAGUGGAAGAAUUCUAUGUGAAGUUCAAGGGCUUCUCCUACCUCCACUGUCGCUGGGCCGACCUGCAGGAGCUGGAGAAGGACAAAAGAGUUCACCAGAAGAUCAAGAGGUAUAAGGCCAAGCAACAACUCAACAGCUUCAUCACUGAGAUGGAUGACGAGCCUUUUAACCCAGACUAUGUCGAGGUGGAUCGUGUCCUGGACAUUUCAGAGAGCACAGAUGAAAAUGGAGAGUUGGUGACCUUAUAUUUGGUGAAAUGGUGCAGUCUGCCCUACGAAGAGUCCACGUGGGAGCUGAAGGCUGACAUUGACCAGUCAAAGAUAGAGGAAUACGAACACAUCGCAGCCCGCACGCCCAACACUAAGAGAGUGGAUCGGCCCCCUACUGCCGACUGGAAGAAGCUGGAGGGCUCCAGAGAUUACAGGAAUGGAAACACACUCAGGGAAUACCAGCUGGAAGGCCUCAACUGGCUUACCUUCAACUGGUACAACUCACGUAACUGUAUUUUGGCCGAUGAGAUGGGUCUGGGAAAGACCAUCCAGUCCAUCACUUUCCUUUAUGAGAUGUACAUGACGGGUAUUGAGGGGCCGUUCCUGGUCAUCGCCCCACUUUCUACCAUCCCCAACUGGGAACGAGAGUUCAGAACCUGGACUGAACUCAAUGCUGUGGUCUACCACGGGAGCCAGGCCAGCCGCAAGACCAUCCAGGCCUACGAGAUGCACUAUAGAGACGCACAGGGUAAAAUUAUAAAGGGAGCGUAUCGUUUUCAUGCGGUGAUAACAACCUUUGAAAUGAUACUGGCUGACUGUCCGGAGCUUCGCAGUAUCCCUUGGCGCUGUGUCGUGAUAGACGAAGCCCACCGCCUCAAGAAUCGAAACUGUAAACUCCUGGAAGGACUCAAAAUGAUGGACAUGGAGCACAAAGUUCUGUUGACAGGAACUCCCCUCCAGAACACCGUGGAGGAGCUCUUCAGCUUGCUCAACUUUCUGGAGCCGGAGAGAUUCCCAUCUGAACAGACUUUCAUGACUGAAUUUGGUGACCUUAAGACUGAAGAACAGGUUCAAAAACUGCAGGGCAUUCUGAAGCCCAUGAUGUUGAGAAGACUGAAGGAAGAUGUCGAGAAGAACCUGGCACCGAAGGAGGAGACUAUUAUCGAGGUGGAGCUGACAAACAUCCAGAAGAAGUACUAUCGGGCCAUUCUGGAGAAGAAUUUUACCUUCCUGUCCAAAGGAGGUGUUGGUGGAAGUGGUGGUGGUGGAGGUGGUGGAGGAGGAGGAGGGGCCAAUGUCCCCAACCUCCUGAACACCAUGAUGGAGCUGAGGAAAUGCUGCAACCACCCCUACCUCAUCAAUGGAGCGGAGGAGAAGAUUAUCGACGAGUUCAGGGACUCGCAUGGAGGUCGUGCUGAUAUGCCAGACAUGGCUCUGCAGGCCAUGAUACAGGCCGCUGGCAAGCUGGUGCUCAUUGACAAGCUGCUGCCCAAACUAAAGGCAGGCGGCCACAGAGUCCUGGUGUUUAGUCAGAUGGUUCGCUGUCUGGAUAUCCUGGAGGACUACCUCAUCCAGAAACGAUAUCCCUAUGAACGUAUUGAUGGCAGAGUUCGUGGCAAUCUGCGACAAGCCGCCAUCGACCGUUUCUCUCGACCGGACUCGGACCGUUUUGUCUUCUUGCUGUGUACAAGAGCCGGAGGAUUGGGAAUCAACUUGACUGCUGCAGACACCUGCAUCAUCUUUGACUCUGACUGGAAUCCUCAGAAUGACCUGCAGGCUCAGGCCAGGUGUCACCGUAUUGGUCAGUCAAAGGCCGUCAAGAUCUACCGUCUGAUCACCAGAAACAGCUACGAGAGGGAGAUGUUUGACAAGGCCAGCUUGAAACUGGGGCUUGACAAGGCCGUCCUGCAAAGCAUGAGUGGACGGGAAAACGCCAACAACGGGGUCCAACAGUUGUCCAAAAAGGAGAUUGAAGACCUGCUGAGAAAAGGAGCCUACGGUGCUCUGAUGGACGAAGAAGAUGAAGGCUCAAAAUUCUGCGAGGAAGACAUCGACCAGAUCCUCCAGAGACGAACGCACACCAUUACCAUUGAAUCUGAGGGCAAAGGCUCCACGUUUGCUAAGGCCAGCUUUGUUGCCGCAGGUAACAGGACAGACAUCUCCCUGGAGGACCCAGACUUUUGGCAGAAGUGGGCUAAAAAGGCAGAGCUGGACCUGGAUGCCAUUAAUGGACGGAACACACUGGUGAUUGAUACCCCAAGAGUCAGGAAGCAGACCAGGCACUACAGCAGCAUCAAGGAGGACGAGAUGAUGGAGUUCUCCGAGCUGGAGAGCGAUGACGAGGACGAGCCCAGCAAACCAUCCUCCAAACCCCGGAGACCCCAAGAUAAAGCCCAGGGCUACCCCCGGUCUGAGUGCUUCAGAGUGGAGAAGAACCUGCUCAUCUACGGUUGGGGCAGGUGGGGUGACAUCCUGGCCCACGGUCGCUUCAAGCGCCCCCUGAAGGAAGCGGAUGUAGAAACCAUCUGUAGAGCUCUGCUGGCCUACUGUCUGCUGCACUACCGUGGUGAUGAGAACAUCAAGAGUUUCAUCUGGGACCUCAUCACACCGAGUGCAGAUGGGACCACCAAGACCCUGACCAACCACUCUGGCCUGUCCACUCCAGUCCCUCGGGGAAGGAAAGGCAAGAAGGGGAAGACGCCAGCCCAGCCUUUACAGAGUCCGCGAGCUGAUUGGCUGGUCACCUGUAAUCCUGACCAUUUACUGCAAGAAGAUAGCUACAAGAGACAUCUGAAACAUCACUGUAACAAGGUGCUGCUGAGAGUGAGGAUGCUGUAUUAUCUGAGACAGGAAGUCGUAGGAAACCAGGCUGAGCGCAUCCUGGAGGGAGCUGAUUCCAGUGAGCUGGAUAUCUGGAUCCCACAGCCCUUUCAGGCUGAAGUCCCAGCUGACUGGUGGGACAGCGAGGCUGACAAGUCACUGCUCAUCGGAGUCUUCAAACACGGCUAUGAAAAAUAUAACUCGAUGAGAGCGGACCCCACAUUAUGUUUCUUGGAGAGGGUGGGCAUGCCUGAUGCCAAGGCUAUCGCAGCAGAGCAGAGGGGCUCUGACAUGAUGGCAGAUGGCGUUGAUGGUGAGGAUGAGGAUCCAGAGUACAAACCACUACGAAUGCCCUUCAAGGACGACAUGGACGACUUCACCAACUCCCCGCUGGAUGACAAAGACGACACUGCGGAGGGAGAGGCUGAAGGUGCCAAAUCUGGCGAAAGUGGUCAGAUUGCAUCCAUUGUGGGCGGAGAGUCCAGUGAGCUACUCUACUGGCCGGCAGCCUCUGCACUGACAGCCCGAUUACGGCGCCUUAUUACGGCAUACCAGCGAUCCAACAGGAGAGAGCUGCUCCGCCAGGAAGCCCUCAACCGGCCUGAUGGACGCCGCCGCCGACGCAGGGACUUCCUGCCGUCUGUCCCCAUGGUUGCUGAGACGGUCGGAGGAGUGUCUUACAUCCAAGAGGGAUCCACAGUAUUCAUGGCAGACGGAAGUCCAUAUUUGGCCAAAGGAAGUGCUUACUUUGCCAAGGGUGGACAGUUGAUGCCAGAGGCUUCCCCCGUCAUGACGGCCAGCUCUCUGAUGCCUGACGGAGCCUUGUACUACAAGGAGAGAAGACAAAGAUGGACUCGUCGUGAGGAGGCCGACUUCUACCGCGUUGUGUCUACGUUUGGCGUCGUCUUUGACACCCAGCGCCAGAAAUUUGACUGGGCACAGUUCAGGGCCUUCGCUCGCCUGGACAAGAAAACGGAUGAGAGUCUGGAGAAAUACUACUAUUCAUUUAUCGCCAUGUGCAAACGUGUCUGCAGAAUGCAGGUCAAGACUGAUUCAGAACUUCCAGACCCAACCCUGAUAAUUGACCCAAUCACUGAGGAGCGUGCUUCUCGUACCCUGUACCGCAUCGAGCUGCUCCGUCGCAUUCGAGAGCAGGUUCUUCCUCACCCCUUGCUCUCUGAGCGCCUCAAGCUUUGUCAGCCUUCCCCGGACCUACCAGAGUGGUGGGAGUGCGGCCGCCACGAUCGGGACCUCCUGAUCGGAGCCUCUAAGCAUGGCGUUAGCCGCACCGAUUACCACAUCUUGAAUGACUCUACACUGGCUUUCUUGGAGGCUCACCAGCGCUUUACCAACCAGCGAGGGUCUGGUAUCAGCACGGGGGUCCAGGGAGAGUUCACCAAGGCUGGAGUCGGAGCGGCAGAGAGUGCCCCUGCCGCGCUUUUUACCCCCGCAGAGCUGGAGAGUGUGGCAGCUGCUGCCAAGAUCGCUGUUGAUGCAGCAAAAGAAGUGAAAACAGGGGAAGGAAAAAUGGAUACAGAGGUGAAAAAGGAAACGGCCGAGGAAAAUAAUCUGGACAUUCAAUGUACCAAGACUGAAAACUCUGAAGACCAGAAGAAAAAUGAGGGACAGGUUGGACAGGAGAUGGAUGAGACUGCUACUGGAUCACCCAGAAAAGAGGUCAAAGAGGAGGAAAACAUUUGUCCUAAAGUGGAAAAAGAAGAGACGAAAGAGAAGAUGGAUCAGAAAGAACAGAUAAAAGAAGAGAAUCCGUCUGAGGAGAACAAAGCCACCACUGAGGAGGAGAAGAAGAGUUUGAGUGAAGACUACUCUCAAAGGGACCAGGAGGAGAUGAUUAUUGACCUCUCGGAUCACCUCGACACCUCUCCUAAAGCACAGCCAGGGCACAAGACGGUGGGAGAGGAUGAGGGAGAAAGGGAGAACCCAGAAUCUCCCAAGUCUCUGAAAUCAACCGACCCAGAGAAAAGCCCCGAGGGCGAAGAAGAGGACAGGAUGGAUGACGACGACAAAUCAGAGAAAUCCUCUCAGGCCGAAGUGAGCGCAGCAUCGGAGCAGAAGAACUUUGACGAGGAGAGCAUCGCCUCUCUGAGCACGUCAGCCCGGGAUGAAACCAGAGAUGGAUUCUGCCCCGACGACCUUCCGGAAACAUCUACACUGCAAGCCUUACAGGACCGUGCCUACGCCUUCUCAUUCUGGCCCAAGGAUCGAGUGAUGAUUAACAGGAUGGAUAACAUCUGCGAGGCUGUGCUGAAGGGCAAGUGGCCGGUCAACAGACGCCACAUCUUUGACUUCCCAGGGAACCUGGUGCCUGGACACAGCUCUGCGUUAGCUGCAGCUGCCACCGUCGACAGCCCACUGCAUAGGCGGAGCCUGGCCGAGCUGACGAUGACUGGAAUUCAUACGCCGUACAGCGCAAGUGAAGACACAACCAUAUCACCUCAGGUUCACGAUGGCGCUCUCAGCCUGACGAUACCUCGCCAGAGGAGGAGGAGGAGGAGAAAGAUCGAGAUAGAGGCGGAGAGGGCGGCGAAGAGGCGCAACCUGAUGGAGAUGGUGGCCCAGCUGAGAGAAAGCCACUCUGCUGCUGCAGAGCCACAGAACCAGGCCAUAGACCUCACCAAGGGCAUGCAUCAUCACCACAAGUCCUCACCCUCACUGACCGGAUUUCCAAGUGCUCUGGUCACAAGCUCCGCCCUCAAGGCUCAGAUGGAGCUGCUGCAGCAGGCGAUGCCCUCUGGAGAACGGGCUAACGGUUCCCUCGAUGCCGACGUGCCCGUCAUGAGGAGGAGGCGUGGCCGCAGGAAAAAUGUGGAGGGUCUGGAGCUGCUGUUCAUGGGCAACAAGAGACCAGCAGCGGAUGACGGUGACGUGACGGUGGUGGAGGGGGUUCAGGAGUCCGCCCGUGCCCACAGAUCACUGACCGUCCCCGAGCAGAGCCCCAGCACCAGGUCUUUAGCAUCAGGCAGUCUGGACGAGGAGGAAGCAGCGGCGGCGGCGGUGUCAAACAAGGAGCUGGGAGAGUGGCUGCGACAGCACCCCUCGUACAGCAUGGACAUGCCUGGAUACACACCAAAGAGUGAGGAGCUGCUGCUGUCUCAGUUCUCCAAACCCAAACAGAAACGCCAUCGCUGUCGAAACCCCAACAAGAUCGACAUCAACACGCUGACCGGGGAGGAAAGAGGGCCCGUGGACACCAGACGGCAUGGAGGCAAGAUGGGCGGGGCAAUGGCUCCACCAAUGAAGGAGCUUCCCAGAUGGCUACUGGAGAACCCAGAGUUUUCCAUCGCCCCUGAUUGGACAGACAUCGUCAAGCAAUCGGGUUUCCUCCCAGAAGCCAUGUUUGAUCGCCUCCUCACCGGCCCCGUCAUCAGGGAGGAGGGCGUCCGACGCCGAGGUCGACGACCCAAAUCUGAGAUCGCCAAGGCGACAGCCGCGGCUCAGGCUGCCGCAGCUGCUCAGGCCGCCCAGGCCUCACUGGCGACGGCUGCUUCCUCCGCAGGGGGCAUCAAUCCUCUGCUGCUGAACAGUCUGUUUGGAGGGAUGGACCUGUCGUCCCUCCAGAGCCUCCAGUCUCUUCAGUUGGCUGCAGGUCUAAUGGCCUUCCCUCCUCCCACCGACCCUAAGCAGGCUGCAGCCAGCGCCGCCGCCGCCGCCUCCAUGCUGCCCCUCAUGCUGCCUGGUAUGGGAGGACUCCCCAACAUGGCCACCGCCCUCCCCAACAUGUUCACCCUCGGUGGCCUCUUCGGCGGUAACCUGGCAGCAGCGGCCACAUCCAAUUCCACCGCCGCAUCAGGGAACACCAACGGAACAGCGGAGGGAGAGGGAAGAGAGAGUGGCAACUCGGCGGCAAAGCGGAAGAGAGAAGCGAUGGAGGAGGGGGACAGUGUGGAGGAAGGGAAGGAGCCGGGGGACAAAGAGCAGGCAGAGGGCAGUGGAGGAAAAAAGGAGAAAGAAGGUAAAGAGGGCAAGGAGAAGAUGGUGAAAUCAGCCGGUGACGUCACCUCUGCUGCCGAGCUGCCAGCUGUCGACUCGCCGGCGGAGGCUUCCUGUAACGGCGAUGCUGCAGCCCUGCUGGCAGCUGCCGGCAUGUCUGCCAACUCCCUGGCCUUCAACCCCUUCCUCCUCUCCACCGUGGCCCCCGGCCUCCUCUACCCCUCCAUGUUCCUACCUCCAGGCCUGGGCGGCCUCAGCCUCCCCGGCUUCCCCGCUGCGUCCACCUUGGCAGAGCUUCAGAGCGCCAUGGCGGGGAUGCUGGGGGGCAGCGCUAUGUCCGCUAACCCCGCCAGAGGAGGAGCAGAGGGAAAUGUGCACCGCAGAGCGGCAGGAGGGGCCGCCGACGACGACAAGAAGGAGGAAGAUGAGGGAGGAGAGAGUGACUAUGCGGAGGAGAUGGAGGAGGACGUAGGAGGCGAGGGAGACGACUCGUUGGUGGAGGACGGUGGAGACAGAGAGGAGCCUGCAGCGUCUCCACAAAAGGACAAGAGUGACUGAAUGAGUGAAGUGAGCGAGGGUCGGCCUGGGACGUUGCUUCACCCGUGACCUCCCUGCUCCGACCUCCUCCACCUCUCCUCCCAUGUUUACACGCCUCCAACAGAAAUAUUCAAACUAUUAUCAGUCUGUUUUGUUUUUGUUUCCUUUUUUUUUUUUUUUUCUGUUGUUAUUGAUGAGUUGUUUGUUUGUUAUUUCUUUUGUGGCCAGGUUUAUUUACUAUUUGUCAGAGAGGAUGAAGUGUGUGUGUGUGUGGGUGUGUGUGUGUGUGUGUGUGUGUGUUCAGUCUCUCUGAGUGAUAGUGUAGUCAGGGAAAGAAGAGUCUGGCUCUUCUUCAAAGACUGUUCUCUUAUCUGUCGACUCUUCUCUUCCACAAACCCAGACACAGGACUUCACAUGGUUCCAAUAGUGCUAAUAUUAUUAUGUUUAUUAUUGCUGCUUCAGCCCGUGUCAUUAUUAUUAUUAUUUUUUAAUUUUCUUCUCUGUCUGGACUGUUAUGUUGCCGUUUGUUGGUUGUUGGCAGCGAAUGGUCGCAGAGAAAAGCAACAGCCGCUGCUGGUAUGUUUUCUCAAAAAGAAAAACAGUUCUCAAAAAAAAAAGGUAAAAAUGGAAGAAAGAAAAUGGCAUUACAGCUGAGCCCACUGUCUGACAACGCUGCUGCAGGAAGGAAUUGUGGGUAAAGAGAGUCGAGCUGUUCUGUCCGUAGUUCUCACACAUAUCAGGUAGAAACUGAUGAGGAAGAAAGGAAAGGAGGCUCGUCUGGAGCUCAGUCUCAGACACUGAUGACCACACACACACGUCAUACACACACACGUCAUACACACACACGUCAUACACACACAUACAGGUCCUCUGAGUUUCACCACUAGACACACCCACACACUAACCCCCCUCCAGCCCCCCCUCCCCCUUAACCUCCGAGUCAUGUGACUGUUUCUGGAAGGACUUCCUGCCAGCUGCGCUCUUGUGCGUGCACGUGUGCUGGUGCACGUUAAAUCAUUACUGUUAAACUCAGUCCCACACUGUUUUGAGUUCUAGUCUCAAGUCUUUCCACUGCCAAGCUGAUCCUUCCUCUGCUGGAGUCGGCGCCUGGUCUGGGUUCAGGGUUCAGGGGACUUUGUGAUCCUGGUCCUGUUCAGUCACUGAAAAUUCCCUUGGAAGUUUCUGUGAGGGAACAGGAAGUGGUGUUCCGUACGCAGACAAGUGACGUUUCAGGUUGAGUCUGUGGGGAGGAUUUCCUUGAUUUCCUCAUCGUUGCCACGUUCAAAAUUUUUUUUAAAGUUACUUUUGUUUUGUCUCUUUUUUUUUGUUGUUCUGUUUUUCUCCUCCACGUCCCACUAAUUCCAGACAGAUUGCUGCUCCUUACUGACCUCUCUUUAAAAGACUGUUGCUCUAGUCACACACACUGACACCAGGCCUGGCCAGAUCAGGACUGAGACACACGUUCGGCAGAGUUGGACACUCAAACAUUUCUUCACAAAGUUCAGCUCUGGAUGCGAAGUUUAAGAGAAAAAAAAAUACUUGAAAGACGUGACAGGUGUAUGAUUUGUUUCCAUUCCUGAGGCCAGUUUUAUGUGUCUUGAUGUGAAUCGAACACUGCAAGUGGUUCUAAUUUUUGAAAGUACAUUUUAAACACACUGUGGCCAGGUCCGAGGAUCUGGUGAUACAGCCAGCCCAGCAGAUGACGAGAGGCAGCACUGGGCCCCGGCUUUCCUCUCCAAUGCUGAGACAGCAAUAACCAAGGCAGCUUUUGAAUGUUCCAACAUUACUGUCCCAAUAUACACACACACACACAGACACACACACACACACAGCAAAAUCACACACCCGUGUAUGAAUAACCACAAGUGUCAUAUAAAUGAACUAAAACUGUAAAAAUACAUUAUACAUUAAGUACUGCAAUCAGUUUCCUCUCACUCUGUUCCUGUUGAUGCACUGGUGUUAAAGAGUUAAAAUAAUCAGGUACCUUUAUUACUUAGCUACUUCUUGAAAAAAAAUGGACUUUUUGUUACUUUUAGCCAGCAAGCUGAAGAGCAUUACCUCAAAAUUCUUAUCUAGCCUUGAAGUUUACAAACAUACCAUGUAAAUGUUUUUGUUCCUUUUUUUGGUGUGUAUCUUUUUGUUUUUUGUUUUUUUUUCUUUUGAAGACAUCAUGUAUGAUGAAUUGUAGCUAUGAUGCUUUUAAUAAAAGUGAAUCACGAUAUUCGCCUAGGAAACCAAA